CCUUAUUGAGGAAAGGAGAUGGCCUAUUGACAUGUAUUAAGUGGUCUGUUAUGGUAUUUUGUUAGUAUUAUUAUAAAAUUAAUUUUUCAUUAGUAGUUUUGUUAGUAAUAUGGACAUGACAAUAUGAUAUUGGUCGAGAAGAGAUAUAUGACGGUUAACAUCCAAUUUAAAAAAAAAUUGGCUAUUAUAUGAUAUUUACCUAAAUCCAAGUAGACGCGUUGCUUAUGGGUAGGGUAUGGGUGACGUAUAUAUGGGUUUAGAAGUUUGUAGAUGGGUUUGGGUAGAAUAUGGAUAUUUACUUCCAUAAUCUAAAUGUGUAUGAGUUGGGUAUGGAUACCCAUUUAUUCGAGGGUGUUUUAAUAACACAUAUAAAAAUUAGACUUAUUUGUAGAACUUCAAAAGUUUAGGUAGCAAAAUGUAUUACACAAAAUUUUAGGUACUAAAAUGUGAUGUUCCAUCAAUAUUUUGAAGAAUUGUAUGCCAAAAAAAUAAAUUUAGGUUAUAAAUCUAAAGUUUGUUAAGUUUAGGUACAGAACUGUAAUUUGCAUAGUUGAGGCUCAAUUCCUUUUAUGGUGAUGUAUUUAAGAUGAUAAUUAUUUUCCUUUUUAUAGAAAAAUGGGAACUAUUUAUUUGAUCCAAACAUUCCAUGUAUAAUUGUUGAAAAUUCUAGCCCGGGUGAAAAAGAAAACCUCCGAAGAGGAGCAAAAGGAAUACAAACUGGAACUCGCUUAAAAUUUCAUGUCCUCAAAUUCAGUGGCGGGCCCAGGAUUUUGAGAUAGGUGUGUCGGCCCAUAAAGUAAUUUUAAAAUAAAAAUUAAAUAAUUAAGCAUAAAUAUAAAAAAAUAUAUUUUGUUCAUAAAUUUCACCAAUUUCAUUGUGUUUACAGUGAGUUAUGACGAAUUUUUAUAUUCUAGAGAUUUCUUAAUUACAUUUGUCCAUUAGGUUGCAAAUAAAAUCUUUUUUUAUGUAAACAAUUAAACAAUUGUUCAUAAAUUGGUCACUCAACUGAUAUCAAAUAUCAUUCCAAAUUAAGCUCAUAUAUGAAAAAUGUCAUUUUGUAGCUUACAAUUGCAAGAGGUAAAGUCAACUCUCAUUUAUGAUGGGAAAACUAGGAUGAGAAGCUGAAAGAGUGGCCACAAGCGUCAACGUGAAAGUUUGAAUGAGAAUGAGUAUUUCACUGGCACGGCGCCGACAAUUGGAGGGCGGCGAAAAGCGUCAACGUGAAAAGCAAUAAUUAAACCAUAAAGCAAGUUGGAAAUUAACGACAUGGAAUUCACUAUCUAAUUACUUUACUAAACCAGCUUAUAAAUCAACUAAAUUUUCAUUCAAUUUAUCGAGGUUAUCUUUAAGGUGAUAGCUAUCUCUCUAAAUACUCACUACGUAUUAAAUAGUUAAUUAAUUGUUUACUUUUUUAUAAUAAACUAAUUAACUACCUUGUUUAAAGUCCGAUAACUCCUAUUUUUGCAUAUUUUAUUAACAUUAUGAUAACAACAAAAAAAUUUAAUGUAACAAGGUGUGUUGAUAAUCGGCUUUAAUAUGUCUGAUUCUUGAACUGUAUGUGAUUAUCCCAUGGUAUGUUUAAGUUGAUUGGUGCUAUUUUAGGGCUCAAUAACCCGAGAAUGGUUGAAAAACCAUUACUGCCUAGUGCCAUGAGUUUGAUGUAUUACAGGUGAAGAAAACACGAAAAAGAAAUUGCACAGACAAACAAUUCUCGAAUCACUGGUUAAAUAGAACGGGGCCUGGAUGGAACAGCUGGAUUGGGAUCAAAAGGGGAGCGGUAAUGGGCUAAAAGCCCAGCUAGAUGGGCUUGUAAAAUGGCUGGCGACGGAAUUUAAAGAAGGGGGACCGAGAUUUUCUUGGUGGGCAAUUAAUUGGACACAUAUUAUGGGAAGAGAAUUCUCUGGAGGGACACGGAAUUUGGAGUGGAGAAUUAGAAAAAAAAAAGGAGGUCGGCAGGGAAUAAAGUUGGGACGGAAGUCGGAACAGAAUUUCUCAGCGGAGGAAAUAAAUUGCAGCAGGGCGCAGCGCAAGUUGGGCUAGUGGAGAGCAGCAAGGCGCUUGGCGAUCGAGUUUUUCCAAGGCAGCUUGAACUGAAUUCAACGAAAGCGAUUAUUUGGUUGGAUUUUCUGAACCAAAUUAGUUGUUUAUUGUUGAUUUAGAAUAUGAUGAUCAAAACUAUAUCGAUUUAUCUCAGUUUCGUCAUGAACUAAAUCCCGAUUUCUGGAGAAACACCAUAGGAUGUAGCUAUUUCUGGAUUUGAUGGAUUAAUUCGUAUUUCUUUUCUUCCAAUCUCUAUUGCAUGAAAUUACUUAAUGCUUUGUGUUGACUGGCCACCAAUACAUUGAUUUGUAGUUAAUUAGGUUAUUAGCGACAGUGAAACCCUAAUAACUGAACAUAUUUCAUGUGACAUAGUAACUUAUCGAAGCGAUAGUGGAUUAAAUAAGGUGUUAUGCGGUCUUAAAUAGGAUAUCGAUCUUCAGGCUAAAUAAUUAAGUCAUUGAGCUACGACAGUAGGAUUUGAAUUAAUUGUUUAGUACGUAGUAAUUCCCGACAGGGAUAGCUAGCACAUUCGUGAUAUCCUGGCUGUAGAGAGUUGGAUUAAACUGAUUAGAAUAUGUGAAUUAAUUUUGAUAUGAUAGGUAGUGAGUCCCGGUGUUUCUCCCAGAGCUUUCUCCAUUGAAUUUCUCCCGACAGUUUUCAUUUGCUUAAUUUGUUUAGUUUAUUUUUAUUUUAGAAAUUAGUCACAUUAAACUAUUUUCACUUAUAGUUUGCUCAUAGAAUUGAUAUAUUGUAAGGUUGUACCAGUCCCUGGGAGACGAUACCCGGACUUUCCAGUUUACUACGAGAUAGGAAUUGAAGCAUUGCGCUUUUGCCCUAUCAAGUUUUUGGCGCCGUUUCCGGGGACUGUCAUACCUUAUUUUUUGUUGAUUUUUGUGAGUGAACUAUUUUGAUCUGGGUGUUAGUGUGCAGGUGAAUUUUUCAGGUUUAUCCUCCUCGUGCAUGCCAAGGAGGACGACUGGCAAUUUACUGCCACUAGAUCCCGAGAUCGAGAGGACUUGCCGACAGAACAGGAAGCAGGUCAAGUUAGGGAAGCAGCCUACCACAUCCACAACCCCUAGGCCUUCCCUAACUCAGAAUCGUUAACCGAGAAGGCAGAUGUCACCACCUGUCAUCCCUACACCACCAACACCACCGCCGCGCAUCAUCGAGCCUGUCAUCAUGGCAGAACAGGAUCGUUCGAUCAGGGCUCGCUUGAAUCGAAGGACUAGAGCCCGAGCUUCAUGUGUUGUCAUUCCGGCUGGGGAUGCAAACAUGGAGAUUACCCCAGCCUUCAUCAAUAUGAUCACUAAUGAGUACACCUUCUCAGGGGCUAGCAUCGAGGAUCCUGAUGAACAUCUCCGCCGGUUUGCAAGCAUUUGUGAUACGAUGAAGAGCCCGACUGUGUCUGAUGAUGCCAUCCGUCUUCGGAUGUUCUCAUUUUCUCUGCUAGGGAAUGCAUCACACUGGUUCCAAAACUUAACACCCCGUUCCAUCACAAUAUGGUGUCAGCUUGAGAAGACCUUUUUGGAUAAGUACUUUCCUCCUGCCAAGGCAAUGAAGAGGGAAGAGGAAAUUGUCACUUUUAAACAAGCUGAAGACGAGAGUCUGACCGAGGCAUGGGAGCGCUAUAAGGAGCUUUUAAUGAGAUGCCCAAGCCACGGUCUUGAAGAUUGGAACGUGAUCUCUAUUUUCUUCAACGGAAUUUGAAGGCAAUUCCGAGAUGCUCUGAAUAAUGCUUCCCGAAAUGGUUUCACAAGAAUGGAAGCGCCAGAAGCAUAUGAACUGGUAGAGAAGAUAUGCUCUGAAGAUACUUAAUGGGGUAGUGAGACCAGCAUUCGAAGGAGAGGAGGCUUGCAUGAGAUAGACAGAGUUGCAAGUUUAGAAGCAAAGAUUGAUGCUAAGCUGGAUUCCAAGUUCAACGCACUCGAACGAAGGCUGGCUAAGAUGGCUCUUGGUAGACAAGAGGAGGUUGCUUUUUGUGAAUUAUGUGAAGGUGCUCAUCAUAGGGAUCCAUGUCCACUGGUAGCUGAUCAGUUGGAAGAUGUGCACUAUAUCAACAAUCAGCGAAAUCAAGGCCAGGGUGGUAUGUAUUCAAAUACCUACAACCCGCAAUGGAUGAAGCAUCCUAAAUUUUCCUGGGCGAACAACAACCCAACUGGUGCUCGCAACAUUCCACCUCCAGGCCUGCAGAAACAACAACCUCUACCUCAACCAGAGAAGAAACCACAACUUGAAGAAUUGCUUCUGGCUCACAUGCAGAAAACUGACAAUAAUCUGAAGGGCCUGGAUCAAUUUGUCACUUAACAGCUAGCCAUCAACAAUAAUUUACAAUCGUCUAUGCUAGCUAUGGAGAGGCAGAUGGGUCAGAUGGCUCAAACUCUGGCGGAUAUGCAGGGCAGGAUUCCUGGGACAUUACCGGCUAAUACCGAGAGGAAUCCAAAAGAGGCUAAAGUUGUGGCAGUGACAUUGAGGAGUGGAAAGGCCUUGGGAGACCUUUUCUAGCAACUAGAGAUGCACUCAUCGAUGUUGGGAGAGGCAAACUGACAUUCCGAGUAGGUAAGGAGGAGGAAAUUUUUAAUGUCUUUCAAGUUGAUCAUAAUCACGAUGCAUUUGAUGACCUUGAAAGUGGAGCUCGAGAAAGGAAAAAUUCCUCUUCCUGUGAUAGUAGACCACCAGAAGAACGAUCACAUGUCCUAUCAGCUCAGAUUAUGAAAUCAAAGCAAGGACAGAAAUCCUUGUCAAAUCACCCCAAGUAUAGAUAUUUGGGUAAGGAUUUCAAUCUUCCUGUUAUUAUUCCUUCUUCACUAACAUUGGAACAGGAAGAGUACUUGCUUGAGGCGUUGCAAUACCACCUACGCCUCACUAAAGGAUCCAACAUGCCAACUAAGAAGGUCAUGCCAAAUUUUCGCACACAUGGCCCUGCAGAGGUUACUCAUAUGUUGGAUGGAGGUUAUGCAUUCUAUCAUUGCUCGGGAGGGUAUUCUGGAUACCUUUCCAUAACCAUUUGUUGAAAGCUCCAUGAACGUCAGGCUGAGGAUGUUAAACAAGCGCUUCUUGGGAGGCAACCCAAGGUAAGUUUUCUUUUCUUUAUUUUUCUUUUUAGUUGUGUUAAACCCGUGCAUGUUUAGAUUAGGAGUUGAACAUUAGGGACAUUGUUCCAUCCUGAGUGUGGGGUGGUGAGUCUUAGUGUUUGUUUGUCCCUGUUGCAUGUGGUAAAAAACAAACAAAAAAAAUUGCCAUUAGGUUGAGCACAGCCAAACUGCAUGCAGUUUGCCUGUAUUGGUGCAGUCUGCCUGUGCAAAGCUAAUGGCUAUAAAACACCAAAAAAUCAGAAAAAUUAAAAACAAAACCUUGUACUCUUGUGGUAACAUGAUGUAAAUGACCGUGAUGCCUUGAAAAUGAGUUUGUGCUUGAAUGAAAUCAUCAAAAUCACCCCACUAGUGUUGAAUUGCAUAGUUCUUCACAAUGAGCUUGAAUGUUUUGACUGACUUGAUAUGAUUUGAAUGAACAAACUCUUUUAGCAACGUUCUCUUUUGUGAAGAUAGUGUAACGACUUUUGGUGAAGUGGUUAGGUGGAGAACAUUGAUCAUUCGACAUGUUUGGAUACCAUGCUUACUUGCAUCUAUUGUGAGUUGUUGACUUUGCAAUGAGUCUCUCUGUUUUGAAUGUUUUAUGAUGGGGUGAACUGUAUCUUUAUAAAGUAAAACACUACCUGACAAGUAAAAGAUAAGAAAGUUUCCAUAACAAUUAAAGUGUGGGUAAAAUACCAAAAUCGUGUGAGGCAAUCACUCAUUUCACAUGGGGAUUAGGAAAGAUUCAACAGAGCAUCGGUUCGCGGCCGUAUGAUGUUGCUUAUCAAGUACGAUCCCCAGUUGAGUGAAGUGCCAUUAGAGGAUGUGCAAUGACCCUCCACACGGACCGAGGAAAAGGAGUUAAAAGAAGCCCUUAUGCGAGUGCUAAGAAGCAUAAAUUGCUCUUGCUCGGUCACCGGUAGUAAGAAACAAAUCCCACUUGUACUAAAUACGACCACUCGGCAAGCAAAAUAAGAAGAGAGAAAGCCUCUCCUUGUCAUAAAAGGUAGUGAUGUGCUUAAAGUUAAAAUCAUGUUUGCGAAAGGCUUCCCCCAUUAGUUUUUGAGACUCAUGCCUUGUUAAUUGCUUAUGAUUGGUGUGAGUAAGCCAGAUUGUCCUCACGAGAUAUGCACCUCAUUGAUGUGGUUAGAUUCUCCUAAUAACUGUUACACCAUAAGUUGUUAAUCACCCACUACCGACGAUCGGAAUUGAGUGUUGCUAUUUGAGUUUUUGAUGGAUUGGAGUCAAUCGAUGUUAAAUGGUUGCAAAGGCCUUGAGUGUGGGGUAAAAAUGUAUGAUCAUUAAAGCACAACUCAUCCAUUGAGAAAGAAACUACUGAUUAUCACAAGAGUACAAGGGUAAAUUUCUUGUGUUGAUGUUGUGUUUUAUGUGUCAUGGGUUUUGUGUUUUGAGGAAGGUUGUAUCUCCUGGUCAGUGUUGUGUUUCCUCCAAUUAUCGUUCACUUGUUCAAGUCGUUGCUUAGGGACAAGCAACAAUUGAGUGUGGGGUUGUGAUAAUAGGCUUUAAUAUGUCUGAUUCUUGAACUGUAUGUGAUUAUCCCAUGGUAUGUUUAAGCUGAUUGGUGCUAUUUUAGGGCUCACUAACCCGAGAAUGGUUGAAAACCCAUUACUGCCUAGUGCCAUGAGUUUGAUGUAUUACAAGUGAAGAAAACACGAAAAAGAAGUUGCACAGGCAAACAAUUCUCGAAUCACUGGUUAAAUAGCAUGGGGCCUGGAUGGAACAGCUGGAUUGGGAUCAAAAGGGGAGCGGUAAUGGGCUAAAAUCCCAGCUAGAUGGGCUUGUAAAAUGGCUGGCGGCGGAAUUUAAAGAAGGGGGACGGAGAUUUUCUUGGUGGGCAAUUAAUUGGACACAUAUUUUGGGAAGAGAAUUCUCUGGAGGGACACGGAAUUUGGAGUGGAGAAUUAGGGGAAAAAAAAGGGAGGUCGGCUGGGAAUAAAGUUGGGACGGAAGUCGGAACAGAAUUUCUCAGCAGAGGAAAUAAAUUGCAGCAGGGCGCAGCGCAAGUUGGGCUAGUGGAGAGCAGCAGGGUGCUUGGCGAUCGAGUUUUUCCAAGACAGCUUGAACUGAAUUCAACGAAAGCGAUUAUUUGGUUGGAUUUUCUGAACCAAAUUAGUUGUUUAUUGUUGAUUUAGAAUAUGAUGAUCAAAACUAUAUCGAUUUAUCUCAGUUUCAUCAUGAACUAAACCCCAAUUUCUGGGAGAAACACCAUAGGAUGUAGCUAUUUCUGGAUUUGAUGGAUUAAUUCGUAUUUCUUUUCUUCCAAACUCUAUUGCAUGAAAUUACUUAAUGCUUUGUGUUGACUAGCCACCAAUACAUUGAUUUGUAGUUAAAUAGGUUAUUAGCGACAGUGAAACCCUAAUAACUGAACAUAUUUCAUGUGACAUAGUAACUUAUCGAAGCGACAGUGGAUUAAAUAAGGUGUUAUGCGGUCUUAAAUAGGAUAUCGAUCUUCAGGCUAAAUAAUUAAGUCAUUGAGCUACGACAGUAGGAUUUGAAUUAAUUGUUUAGUACGAAGUAAUUCCCGACAGGGAUAGCUAGCACAUUCGUGAUAUCCUGGCUGUAGAGAGUUGGAUUAAACUGAUUAGAAUAUGUGAAUUAAUUUUGAUAUGAUAGGUAGUGAGUCCCGGUGUUUCUCCCAGAGCUUUCUCCAUUGAAUUUCUCCCGACAGUUUUCAUUUGCUUAAUUUGUUUAGUUUAUUUUGAUUUUAGAAAUUAGUCUCAUUAAACUAUUUUCACUUAUAGUUUGCUCAUAGAAUUGAUAUAUUAUAAGGUUUUACCAGUCCCUGAGAGACGAUACCCGGACUUUCCGGUUUACUACGAGAUAGGAAUUGAAGCAUUGCGCUUUUGCCCUAUCAUGUGUCGAUUACAAUUAUCGAAGGUGUGUAGGAGGUCCCAUGUUCGAAUUUUUUGUACCGAAAAAAUUUGAGUUCCUACCAAAUAUUUUGAGCCAAGGUGUGUUGGGUGACACACCUUCCUCUAAGGUAUGUCCGUCCCUGCUCAAAUCCCAUAAAGAAAAAUGAUGAUUUUCUAAUAAGUAAUAAUCAUAUAUAUUUAUUUUUAAUUGGACUCGACAUUGAGCUGAAAAAGUUAGCGGUUCAUGGUUCAAUUAUUAGUUCUCUAGAAUGUUUGUGAGUCGUGUAUUGACUCGUUCAUACUUGUGAUUAGAAUACAUAAAAAUAGUAUACUAAUUAGGGUUAGACGAAGAAAGCAAAUAAAGAAAGGGUUAUGGAAGGCGAGUGAAAAAUGAAAUGAAGAUGAAGUAGAUGAUGGAAAAGUUUUGAUCAAUUCUUUUAGUUGGCCGUCAAUACAACAUUCAACUCUUUUCCCCAUAGCAAUUUAUUGACACUUGCUUAUGUCGAUGUCGCAUAUUUUGUUACAUUUAGUUAGUAGAAGUUUAUUUAGUACCCCGUAAAUAUACUAAAUGAGUUUAUAAAUUCGCUCUUGCAAAAUAUCUUAGAGUCGUCUCUCUUUUAUCAUUUAUUUAAUGUUUCACGUAAUGAGAAAAUAUAAAAUGGUCGAAUUUUCUCCUAAAGUUGAGUGAUACAUCUUGUAUUGUACAAACUAAAUUUAUACCUUUAUGUUAUGGUGGAUUGGAUUCAUGGAUUGGUUCAAAAGGAUAAGUUGGACUGGAUUCAUGGAUUCAAGUGAAAUCUAAACCAAUAUUUAAAUUUAAAAAAUUGUAGGUACGAAAAUCUCAUAAAACUUACAUACUAAAGCAUAAUUGUUCAAUGAUUUUACAUUAAAAUUAAAUUUAGGUAUAUAAAUGUAAAAUGUACAUUAUAGUGACUAAGUUGUGAUUUAAUUAAAUUUGGGGUAUCAAAAUAUAAAUUUUUAUGCAACCGUAACCAAACUUCAACUUUAUAUAUAUUGAAUCUUACAUUAGAAUUAAAUUUGAAGUAUCAAAAUAUAAAAUGUACAUUAUAUUGACUAAGUUGUGAUUUAAUCAAAUUCGAUGUAUCAAAAUGUAAAUUGUUAUACAACCGCAACCAAACUUCACCUUUAUAUAUAACCAAACUUCAACUUUAUAUAUAUGGACUAGGUGGGGAUGCCGCGCCUUGUCGCUGGGUGAAAAUGACCUAUGAGCAUGUAUUAUGUGGCACGUUAUGGUGGUUUGUUAGUAUUAUUACUAUAAAAUUAAUUUUUUGUUAGGAUUUUUGUUAGUAAUAUUGGCUUGACAAUAUGAUAUUUACUAAGAAUAGAUAUAUUGCGGUCAACAUCCAAUUAAAAAUUUUGAAAUUUUGGCUAAUAAAUUAUAUUUAUCUAAACCCAAGUAAACUCAUUGAUUAUGGGUAGGGUAUGGGUGACGUAUAUAUGGGUUUGAAAGUUUGUACAUGCGUUUAGGUAGGGUGUGUAUAUUUACUUUUAUAAUCUAAAUGUGUAUGAGUUGGUUAUGGAUACACAUUUAUUCGAGAGUAUUUUAAUUACACAUACAAAAAUUAGACCUAUUUGUAGAACUUCAAAAGUUUAGGUACCAAAAUGUAAUACACAAAAAUUUUAGGUACUAAAAUGUAAUGUUCCAUCAAUAUUUUGAGGACUUAUGUGCCAAAAAAAUAAAUUUAGGUUAUAAAUUUAAAGAUCUAUUAAGUUUAGGUAUCGAACUGUAAUUUGUAUAGUUGAGGCUUAAUUCCUUUAUGGUGAUGUAUUUAAGAUGAUAAUUAUUUACUUUUUUAUAGAAAAAUGGAAAUUAUUAUUUGAUAUGUGUAGAUACCUAGCCAAACAUUCCAUGUAUAAUUGUUGAAAAUUCUAGCCCGGGUGAAAAAAAAACUCUAGAAAGAAGCAAAAGGAAUACAAACUGGAACUCGCUUAAUAUUUCACACCUUCAAAUUCCAUAAUGGAAAAUGAUGAAUUUCUAAUAAGUAAUAACCAUAUAUAUUUAUUUUUAAUUGGACUCGACAUUGAGCUGAAAAAGUUAGUGGUUCAUGGUUCAAUUAUUAAUUCUCUAGACUGUUGGUAAGUCGUGUAUGGACCCGUUCAUACUUGUGAUUAGAAUACAUAAAAACUGUAUACUGAUUAGGGUUAGAUGAAGAAGGCAAAGAAAGAAAUAAAGAAAGGGUUAUGGAAGGCUAGUGAAAAAUGAAACGAAGAGGAAGUAGAUGAUGGAAAGGUUUUGACCAAUUCUUUUAGUUGGCAGUCAAUACAACAAUAAACCAUUUCCACGGUAGCAAUUUAUUGACAUUUGCUUAUGUAGAUGUCGUCUAUUUUGUUACAUGUAGUUAGUAGAAGUUUGUUUAGUACCCCGUAAAUGUACUAAAUUUUAGAGUCGUCUCUCUUUUAUCAUUUAUUUAAUGUUUCACAUAAUGAGCAAAUAUAAAAUGGCCGAAUCUUCUCCUACAGUUGAGUGAUACAACAUCUUGUAUGGUACAAAUUAAAUUUAUACAUUUAUGUUAUGCUGGAUUGGAUUCAUGCAUUGAUUCAAAAGGAUUGGUGGAUUGGAUUCAUGGAUUCAAGUGAAAUUUAAACAUUAGACCAAUAUGUAAAUUUAAAAAAAAAAUUGCAGGUACGCAAAUCUCAUAAAUUUAGAUACCAAAACAUAAUUUUUCAAUAAUUUUACAUUAAAAUUAAAUUUGGAGCAUCAAAAUGUAAAAUGUACAUUAUAGUGACUAAAUUGUAAUUUAAUUAAAUUUGAGAUUUCAAAAUAUAAAAUGUACAGCCGUCCAAUCAGCUUGCGAGUCUAAGACAACAGUAAACUCACGUAUGCUAUAUAUAUAUUAAUAUUAGUGAAAGUAUAGAAGCAUGAUUCACGCACGCCUAGCCAAAAUUGGACAUAUUCCUUUUUCCUUGGUGUUUCAUCAUUCAUGAUAAAACAAGUGAAAAGGACACAGAAAGUUACAAAUGUGACUCCACCAAACAUCACCCACUUAUAUAAUGGAAACUUUAGUUUAGUAGGAAGGUGGUGAGCAAAAUCCAUUGAAACCCCGCCACUGAUCUUCCCAAAUAAACAAACAUUCUCAAAAGAUUUGGCGUUGCAAUUGCCAUAUAAAUGACUUGUGAGCUGUAACAAAAGUUCGUGAUAUUUAACAACCCAAUAGCAUUGUAAAUUGAGAUUUUUUAAAUUAAUCUAUUAAGACAAUUAGCGUAUUAUUAUUUAAUGUAUUAAAUCAAUUGAUAUAUUACGCAAAUAUGUUGUUUGGAGGUUUAGAUUGUAUUUUUGUUGCAAAGCUACAAAAGUUCAUUUUGAGUUAUUGUGAAGAAUCUCAACAAAAAGUAGAUAUUGAUAAUCCCUCAAUUUUGAAUGAUUGUGGUGAGGCAUCUAAAGAGUAAAUAGAUUAAGCCAAAAAAACAACUUAAUCUUUACUUAUAUCCUUAUCGGAGUAGUUGCCUAUUCUUUUUCCGAACAGUAAGAACACAAGAGAAGUACUGCAACGCUCAAGCUAAGCCUCUUUCAACGAACUUCCAACACGACAAAAAUCGGAAGAUAAGAAGACGGUGAUGAGGAACAGUUUCCUGAACACUUCGCUCUCAUUUUUCUUCAGAAUAAUAGCUUCAAGUCCCAAAAGCUCAUUGAUGUAUAGUAGGCUUUGCAAACCCAGAUUACCCUAUGCCCUGAGGUGUUACCGUGUUAGAGGCGACGUACUAUGAUAACUAGGCAAUACAUGUCGGAGCCAUUGCAAUCGGGGCAACGAGAUAGGCUUCUUGCUAAUGUACUGAAGACGACAUUUGUUUGCUAGGUCGAGCACCAGAUGAAUUGACGCCCAAACUUUACACCAACUCGAUCAAACUGAUAUGAUUUAAGUAAUUAAGAGACGAGAGCAACUCAACAAUUCUCCCAAACUUUUCACCACCUCAUAUAACAGCCGUCGAACGCAGGAAGGAAUCAAUCACUAAACAACCUGCUUAUGCACCAUAACUUGGUGGCAGUAUGCAGAGCUACUUGAGAUGUGAUCAUGUGACUCAAAUAAGUAGCAGACGGAGUUCAACCAAAUUGAACGGAAGGCAAGAACGGAAAGGCUCCAACUCCAGUGGCUGGCAAGAACGUAUAGAUCAGUCCGGUUGCUGCACCUCUCCCUGUACCCAUCUGCUUCACAAGUCUCAAAAAAGGAAAAGAGCAGAAGAAAAACUGGGGAGAAGAAGGCAAGAGGCAAACAACAAUAGACCUAUCCCAUAAACAUGCUCGCUCUUCCAUGGGACUAAGGUACAGACACCCAAAGAACAAUCAACUCUAACAAUUUCCAGACAAAUACCGGCUAAUCUCAUAUAAUUGCUUUCCCCCAGCCAACUACAUCAGAACAUGGUGGGAAAUACUGAGUCUAGCCAUAAAUUCAAUAGUGAAACAAAUGCCACCAUUAACUACAGUAUCCUGUUGGUUUCAUGGUGAUCUGGGCGAGUAUCCUAAAACACAUGAGUCAAUUCUAUCUUGGCUAUAUAUAUGGAGAACACGGUGUUGAUCCAUCCAAAUGCAGGCAUGGAAGAAACAAAAUGAGAGCUUUACAUCCUGAUAACCCUGGCCUUCUCCCAGGGAAUUUUAACGAGGAAUUACCUGAUGAUAUACAUGAUCGAACAAUGGAGUUGGCCAAUCUUCAGAUACUUGACCGCAGCAUAACUCUGAGCCUAUUCACGCCUGCCACAGCAUGUUUCACUUUCACCUCAAAAGUAGCUUCACUCACCAAACCAUAUACCUUGGAAGGAGAAAAGAAGGAGAAGGAGAAGGAGAAUAGGGGGCGUGGGGAAAAGGAAAACAAAAGAAAAAGACCGGA